CCGACCCGUGCCGUUCUCUCCCUUCCAGAAUGUUCUCCCGGACCCUCGGCUCGUCGCCUGUCAGAGCAGCCCCCCCUGCACGAGCCCGUUGGCAGCCCUACUAGACCGCCCUGGAGGAGGAUGCCUGGGCCGCUAUGGGCCACGCGCUGUGUGUCUGCUCUCGGGGAACUUUCGUCGUGGACAACAAGCGCUACCUCUUCAUCCAGAAACUGGGGGAGGGCGGGUUCAGCUAUGUGGACCUAGUGGAGGGCUUGCACGAUGGACACUUCUACGCCCUGAAGCGAAUCCUGUGUCACGAGCAGCAGGACCAGGAGGAAGCCGAGCGGGAAGCGGACAUGCACCGCCUCUUCUAUCACCCCAACAUCCUUCACCUCGUGGCUUACUGUGUGAAGGAGCGGGGCCCCAAGCUGGAGGCCUGGCUACUGCUCCCCUUCUUCAAGAGAGGGACGCUGUGGAACGAGAUCGAAAGGCUGAAGGACAAAGGCAGCUUCUUGACUGAAGACCAAAUCCUCCAGCUGCUGCUGGGCAUCUGCAGAGGCCUCGAGGCCAUUCAUGCCAAGGGUUACGCCCACAGAGAUCUGAAGCCCACCAAUAUCUUGCUCGGGGAGGAGGGGCAGCCGGUUUUAAUGGAUUUGGGCUCCAUGAAUCAAGCUCGCAUCCACGUGGAGGGCUCCCGCCAGGCUCUGGCCCUGCAGGACUGGGCAGCCCAGCGGUGCACCAUCUCCUACCGGGCCCCCGAACUCUUCACCGUGCAGAGCCACUGCGUCAUCGAUGAGCGGACCGAUGUCUGGUCCUUAGGCUGUGUGCUCUACGCCAUGAUGUACGGCGAAGGGCCCUAUGACAUGGUGUUCCAGAAGGGGGACAGUGUGGCCCUGGCUGUACAGAAUAAGCUCAUCAUCCCACAGAGCCCCAGGUACUCGGCAGCGAUGCAGCAGCUGCUGGACUCAAUGAUGACCGUGGACUCCGAGCAGCGCCCUCAUGUUCCCGUCCUCCUCACGCAGCUGGAGGCCCUGCAGCCCCCAGCGCCGGGCCAGCACACGACCCACAUCUGAGCAAAACAGUGGCCGUGGUCCUAGCAAGUCAGUGGCGUGGUCUGAGCCAGC